CCACCCCACGUGGUUGGAGGUUUCCAGAAGCGUUCCCACUGAGCGCAGCGCAGCUCCCGGCUGUCCGAGUGACUGUUGCCUCGUACUCUCACCGUUUAGCCGCCAUGAUAAGCGCCAGCCGAGCCGCGGCAUCCCGUCUCGUCGGCGCUGCAGUCUCCCGGGGCCCCACGGUCGCCCGCCACCAGGAUGGCUGGAAUGGCCUUAGUCAUGAGACUUUUAGAAUUGUUUCAAAGCGGGACUAUGCAUCAGAAGCAAUCAAGGGAGCAGUUGUUGGUAUUGAUUUGGGUACUACCAAUUCCUGUGUGGCCGUUAUGGAAGGUAAACAAGCAAAGGUGCUGGAGAAUGCUGAAGGUGCCAGAACCACCCCUUCAGUUGUAGCUUUUACAACAGAUGGUGAGCGACUUGUUGGCAUGCCUGCCAAGCGACAGGCUGUCACCAACCCAAACAACACAUUCUAUGCUACCAAGCGUCUUAUUGGCCGGCGAUAUGACGACCCUGAAGUCCAGAAAGACAUUAAAAAUGUUCCCUUUAAAAUUGUCCGCGCCUCCAAUGGUGAUGCCUGGGUUGAAGCUCAUGGAAAACUCUAUUCUCCAAGUCAGAUUGGAGCAUUUGUGUUGAUGAAGAUGAAAGAGACUGCAGAAAAUUACCUGGGGCAUACAGCAAAAAAUGCUGUGAUCACAGUCCCAGCUUAUUUCAAUGACUCACAAAGACAGGCCACUAAGGAUGCUGGUCAGAUAGCUGGACUGAAUGUGCUUCGGGUGAUUAAUGAACCCACAGCUGCUGCUCUGGCCUAUGGUCUAGACAAAUCAGAAGAUAAAGUCAUUGCUGUAUAUGAUUUAGGUGGUGGAACUUUUGAUAUUUCUGUCCUGGAAAUUCAGAAAGGAGUAUUUGAGGUGAAGUCCACCAAUGGAGACACUUUCUUAGGUGGUGAAGACUUUGACCAGGCCUUGCUACAACACAUUGUGAAGGAGUUUAAAAGAGAGACGGGAGUUGAUUUGACCAAAGACAACAUGGCACUUCAAAGAGUUCGGGAAGCUGCUGAGAAGGCUAAGUGUGAACUCUCCUCAUCUGUGCAGACUGACAUCAACUUGCCAUAUCUUACAAUGGAUGCAUCUGGACCUAAGCAUUUGAAUAUGAAGCUGACCCGGGCUCAGUUUGAGGGGAUUGUCGCUGAGCUAAUCAGGAGGACCAUCGCCCCAUGCCAGAAAGCCAUGCAAGAUGCAGAAGUCAGCAAGAGUGACAUAGGAGAAGUGAUUCUUGUUGGUGGCAUGACUAGAAUGCCCAAGGUUCAGCAGACUGUGCAGGAUCUCUUUGGCCGAGCCCCAAGUAAAGCUGUCAAUCCUGACGAGGCUGUGGCCAUGGGAGCUGCCAUUCAGGGAGGUGUGUUGGCUGGUGAUGUCACAGAUGUGCUGCUCCUGGAUGUCACUCCCCUUUCUUUGGGUAUUGAGACUCUGGGAGGUGUAUUUACCAAACUUAUUAACAGGAACACCACUAUUCCAACCAAGAAAAGUCAGGUGUUUUCUACAGCUGCUGAUGGUCAGACUCAGGUGGAGAUUAAAGUGUGCCAGGGUGAGAGAGAGAUGGCUGGAGACAACAAACUUCUUGGACAGUUUACUUUGAUUGGAAUCCCCCCAGCCCCACGUGGAGUCCCUCAGAUUGAAGUUACAUUUGACAUUGAUGCCAAUGGGAUUGUACAUGUUUCUGCCAAAGAUAAGGGUACAGGACGCGAGCAGCAGAUUGUGAUCCAGUCUUCUGGUGGGUUAAGCAAAGAUGAUAUUGAAAAUAUGGUUAAGAACGCAGAGAAGUAUGCUGAGGAAGACAGGCGAAAGAAGGAACGAGUUGAAGCAGUUAAUAUGGCUGAAGGAAUCAUCCAUGAUACAGAAAGCAAGAUGGAGGAAUACAAGGACCAAUUGCCUGCUGAUGAGUGCAACAAACUAAAAGAGGAGAUUUCCAAAAUGAGAGAGCUCCUGGCUCGAAAAGAUAGUGAAACUGGAGAAAACAUAAGGCAGGCAGCAUCUUCCCUUCAGCAAGCAUCAUUGAAGCUCUUCGAAAUGGCAUACAAAAAGAUGGCCUCUGAGCGAGAAGGCUCUGGAAGUUCUAGUGCUGGGGAACAAAAGGAAGAUCAAAAAGAAGAGAAACAGUAAUAACAGUAAACUUUGGAGCCAAAAGGACAACAUAUGAUGCUUGGGAGUGAAGGGACUUCCUGAGCAGAAAUGGGCAGACUUCAGUCUUUUACUGUGUUUUUGCAGUAUUCUAUAUAUAAUUCCCUUAAUAUGUAAAUUUAGUGACUUAGCUAAUGAUCAUUUAAUGAGUGGUAAUUCCAACAGUAACAAAGCUCACAAUGUUCUGUCUGUCCCUAGCCUAUCAUUUUUUAGCUGCACGAAAAGGGAAGGUGAUGAUUUAUUGAUUGUAAAGACUUAACAUUGUUUUGUGCUGAAAUACCUGUAUUUCCAAGGGGUGAAACCAUCCCACACACAACAACGAAGGUAGUCAGACCUGGAAUAAAACCAACUAGGGAUAUAAGACAAGUACUGCCAUACCAGCCUGUGUGUAUACAUGGGAUCCUUCAACUGAGGCCUUGCAAGACAAGCCUGUUGUCCCACAUUCAGAGGUAGAGCAGGGGAAGCUAAGCUAUUUAUGUUAGGUACAGCUUUUUAAACAAGGUAAUAAGGCUCCCUAAUUUUCCUAUGGCACACUUUUAUAGCUACCUUCUGGCCUUUGGCACAUGUACCCUGGAUUAUUCUUUUUGAUCCAUUCUGGAUUUUUUUAAAAAAUAAAUAUGAAAAGCAUCUUGAUCUCUUGUUUGUGAGGGGUGAGGCUAAGUACAACUCUGGGUUUGAGGUUUUUUUGUUGAUUUCUUUUAGCUCCAUCUUUCAUUUGGAAUGUUAAAAGUCUAGAUCUCUAUCUAGCAUGAAAACAGGCUACUAUUUUCAGGUUGCUUUCAGUUCUAAGUAGCUGUAUAUAAAUCUAGUAGUAAACCCUAAGUUACAAGUUUAAUGGCUCAAUGUUAGGUACUGGUAAUUACCAUAUUUGCUUUCACCCUCAGCACAUGGCUAGUCUUAUCUUAAAUUAUGAUGUAGUUCUAAUUACCACGUGCUGACAACUUCAGAAGCAGAAAGGUGACUGCAUCUUUCUUAUAUCUAAGUGUUAAGAAUUUUUCCCCAAAAGUCUCCCAAGAGAUUUAUUGUAUGUCAUGCCUGUAGGAUUCUUAAGAACAUAGGGCUUAGAUCCCAUCAGAGGUCAUGCCUUUUAUUUUGUGGUGGUAUUUAGAAAUGUAACUCAUAAAUAUUUAAAACUCAAUACAAUGAGGCUCUGGCUGGGUAGGCUCAGUUGGUUAAAGUGUCUUUCCAGUAGGCCAAGGUUGUGGGUUCAAAUUACAGUUGGGGUCUAUACAAGAAGUAUCCAAUGAAUGCAUGAAUAAGUGGAACAACAAAUUGAUGUUUCUCUCUUCCUCUCUCAAAUCAUUUUUUAAAAAUUAAUACAGUACUGUAACGUGAAGGACAUUGUUUACAUGAUAAUUACAUUCCUGGAAAAUUGGUCAUUGACAGCCAUGUAAAUACUUUCUUGAGAUUCUCGUAAAAAAUAAAUUCUAGGUUCAAGUUCUCAGCCAGAUGGACACUUGGUGGGAAA